AUGUCUCUCACCAAGCGUCAAGCGACGCACGUCUCGUUGCAGACGACUCAAGGCACCAUCCUCCUAGAGCUGUACACCCAGCACGCACCUCGAGCCUGCGAAAACUUUAGCACCUUGGCAUCUCGCGGCUACUACAACGGCGUAACCUUUCAUCGCAUCGUUCAAGAUUUCAUGAUUCAAGCUGGAGAUCCUACAGGCACGGGUCGAGGAGGCAACUCGAUCUACGGAGGCAAAUUCAAAGAUGAAAUCGAUCCUCGCUUGAGAUUCACCGGGGCUGGCAUACUCGCCAUGGCUAAUAGCGGACCCGAUACCAAUGGAAGUCAAUUCUUCAUCACGCUCGCUCCUACUCCAUUCUUGGAUCGAAAACACACAAUCUUCGGGAGAGUGGACAAGGGCAUGCUGGUAGUGCAGAGAUUGGCAAUGGUCCCCGUAGAUGCUAACGACAGGCCCCGCGACGAGAUCAAGAUCCUCAGUGCUCAAGCAAUCACAGAGUGA